CCAAACGGGUAUAAAUGAUCCUAAAAACUCCUCACCUUUUUCAGCAAUGAAAAAACGCAAUGUGCUCAUCUAAUAGGUACAGAUUUUAGAACAGUUGUGGAUAGUUGGCUGUGAAUUUUCACCAAGAACAGAGAUAAAAUGAAUCUCAUACUAAAAUUGUUAGUAUUAUCACUAGUAAUAGAAGAAGUUACAAUUAGUGCAGCUACUAGUGGUACUGUUUUGUUAACUGAAAGUUUAAUAGAAAGUUUACGAGCAGAUCCUUAUCUUCUAGCUGAUCCGGAUUUUUCACCAAAUUCGAAGCGAUAUGUGGAUAAGCGCAUUGAAAAUUACAAGAAUCGGGUGAAGAAAACCAGAAUCAAUGAGUCUUCUAGAAAUAGGAGGAGUGUCAAUGGGAAUGUUUCGAAUAAAAAAGAUGUUGUUGAACUGACGAAGUAUAAUGAAAUACCAGUUGAAAACUGCUUAGAUCUAAGAUUGUUUAAGCAAAAAGGAUCAUGGUAUGCUGCAUCUGUGGAAAAAUAUGGAACUAUGCUUAAGCUGUACAAACAUGAGGGAAACAAGUUUUUGAUAAUGGAUGUAAAACCAGUUGUCAAUGCAACAAAGCUUAGUUCCUUACAGAUCAACUCAUCUACAAUAAUAGUUGUAGCAGAAAAUGGAGAACCAACCAGACAAUUUGUGGAUCAAUCUAGUAUAUACCAACUGAGAAGUGACAUCUUAGAAACCAAACAAAAAUUUAAUGAAAGCUUUUCGGAAGAAACAACAAUUUGGAAAACUGAUCAUGAUGUUUUCAUGACUUUUGUGAAGAACUCCGAUCGUACAAAAAUUAACUCAGUAUAUAAAUGGAUGGGAAACCAUUUUGAUGUAUAUCAAAACUUAGAAGCAACUGAAAUUUCAAAAGUAUCAGCUUUCAGCUUCGACCAUUCUCAUUUUCUGGCAUUAGCAGGGAGUAAAAGAAUAGAUUCUGACAGAAUAUUUUCUGAAAUCCUGAAAUAUGACGAGGAACUAAAGUUAUACAGACCAUUCCAGAGGAUUUUCACCUAUGCUUGCUCUGACAUACAGCAUUUUGAAGUUCAAUUUGGAACUGAAGAAGGUCACUAUAUAUUUGCAGCUAAUCUCUACAAGAACGACACUUCCGGAAACAAGUCUUAUAAUACCACAUCUGUCAUAUAUAAAUUCAUAGAAGACUAUUUCCUUCCCUUUCAAACUGUAAGGAUGAAUGGUAUAAAGCAAAUAGAACCCAUUAUGGUGAACGGUGAUAUAGUUUUACUAGUCCUAACAUUGGAUGGCGUCAAAGCCUUACAUUACAACGGAUGGAAUUUUCGUCAGAAGAAUGUAGUUACGAGUCCACGAGAAAAACCAACUGAUAUUAUGGCCAUACGUCAUUACCACUUCCAAGGAAAAAACAUAAUUUUGGUAUUGGGAAGAAAUGCUACGUCCAUUAAUUUGUAUGAAAUGAGUUACGUAUUCCAGAAUGAGAUAAGGACUGAACACGACGAAAUGCUGUCUUGGUGUCAGAAUAGCUUGGAAAAAUUUACUGUCAUGCAUGAUGACAGUGUCCUAGGAAAACAAAGGAGAGGUGACAUAGGUGUACAUGAAGAUAGCGAGUCACUGAAAAGUAAUUCCGAGCUAGAUGAUGUAAUCUCCCAAUUAAAAAAGUACGAAUGGAAACUAGACGAAAUCAAUGAAAAUCUCGAUGCACUACUCCUGCACAAGAAUCAUCACAGAGUUGUAUUGAAUAACAUUACUGCCAAUGAGAUUGUACUUGAAAACAAAGGUUCAGUCGUGUGUCCGAAUAUUAAUUUUAUUGAUGGUGUCAACAUAUCAACAUUAAUCGCCAACACUAUAAACGUAAACGAAGGAUUCGAAAUAAGCAACAUGAACUUUGACACCGUGAGGAUUGAAGAAUAUUUUCAUCCCCAGAAGAUCAAUCACAACGAUGGAAUUUUACAUAGAAAUAAAAAAAUACUGCUACAUAGCUUGAACAUAAAUGGUAAUGCUCUUUUCAGAAACAAAGUAAUUCUCUCAAAUUCCUCAAAAGCGACUGAGGACAAGGAAACAGCAAAUAAGAAAAAAAGAUCAGAUAAGUUCAAAACUAUCAAGGCUAACAGCAUAAGACUUGGCGGAUUCAUUAACGAUUUGGAUGUACCUACUUUGAACAAAUAUGCAUUUAGGAAAUCUGGAGGUUUUGGUAGUGCCAGAACGUGUACUUUCGAUCAUCUGACUGCAGAAAAUUUGGAGACUCUAACAUGUUCAGGGAAACGACCAGAGGAUAUAAUGCUCAUAGUUGGAAGAGACUACGAAUCAAAUAGAAACUCCAUUUUGCACAAAGAUAUAGACGUCAAUCGUCUACAAAUCUCCAGACAUCUAAAUAAUAUCUCGGUUGAUCAUGAUGGUAAACUAGAUAUAUUAAUGAAGAACAGAUCUGAGAGUCAGUACAUUUCUGGAUUGAAGACGUUCCAGAAUCUAGAAAUACAGGAUGUAAUUAACCUCCAGGGGAAGAUUGGAAAACAAUUUGAGAGUUUCGACCCUUUAGUUUUGGUGUACUCUGAUGUUGAUGUUGAAGAGGACGUUGUAGUUAUUGGAAACGUAACUGUGGAAAAUCUGAUCAAGUCUAAGGAUAUGACGCCAUCGGGUAGCAAUGUAUCUAUUGCUAGGCUUACUCGCUUGGGAUUGCCACUAAAUUCCACAGAGAUAGAAAUGCACUUGAGCUUACGACAACACAUCAAUGUUAAGGAUAUUGACGUGGACAGUGUUAAUUCCUUAUCUAUACGCUCCUUAGUAGUCAGUGGUACUAACGAACCACAAAUAAUAACAGGUAGAAAGAUAUUCAAGGGUGAGUUAGAGAUAAAUGGUCAAAGCAAAGUUGCGAUAAUAAAUGGUAUUGAUGUCGUUGAACUAGAGAACAAUGUACUGUUGAAAGAGGGCAACCAGAUCAUCCAAGGCAGGCAUUGGGUAGAAGGAAUAUCUGCUAGGAAAAGCAUAAUCACCAAUACCACAUUACUUGGAGAACAGUCAUUCGGAAACGUCAUCACAUUAAAUGGCGAUCAAAUUAUCCCUGCAUCGACGACUAUAGAGGGCAAUAUCAACACCAAAAAUGCUGAAAUUGAAGAACUGACUGUUGACGGACGUGUAAACAACGUAAAUAUAAGCGAAAUCUUAAAUGAUGUUGCGCUUAAGUCACACUUACCACUGAAAGUUUUGGGAGAAAAAUCAUUCAAAAGCUUACACAUAGAACACCUCAACGUAGUAAGCUUAGAAGAGGUAUUGAAUAAAUUGGACAAUGAAGAAGUACAUCUGGCUAAUACUAGAAAGCUGUGCAGCUUAACUGCAGACAGAAUUCAUUUUGAAAAAAGCUUCAAUGGCCUGGAGAAGUGCCACUUUCCGAUACCAGUGGAUGAGCAAAUAGUUGUUGAAAGUGUGAAUGAAUUAGAUUCGUUGAAAGUGCUUGGAAAGACAUAUGUUACUUCGAAUCAACUUGGAGAUGUGACCUUGGGAGAGCUGGUUAAUGAUACGAUAAAAAUGGAUGAAGCCAGAGAUUUCACUUUUGCUUCAUUUGAAAAUACUCGUGUGGAGAACGGUGUUAAUCUCAAUGGUGAAGUUGAAAAUCUAGAUUUGGAUAACAUUUGGCAGAAUGGUAUUUUAGAACCACAAAUUAUAAGAGACAAAAAAACUAUCAGAGGCAGAAUUAUUGCUAACGGAGAUACGUCUGUUACAAAUACAGUACAUGGCCGAAAUAUAUCUGAAAUAUGUAGAUUUACUUCAAACAGAGACGAUAAAUUCCUAUUUGUGAAAGGUAACGUCAUAUCUGCGAUGAUUCCCAGUGUCCUUGAUUUGAACGGGCGUGAUUUGACAGACAUGUCGAAAAGCCUUUGGUUUAUCGAUGAGCCAACAACAUUCAACCAAAGUGUAAAUUUUGGUGAUGCUACCUUCAAAGACUUGGUUAUCAUCAACGGUCUUUUGAAUGAUGUUGACCUGGACCUCCUACCAACGAAAUAUAUGAGCAAAACAAAAAUUCAAAGUAUUCCAGCUAAUAUAACGUUCACCGACGACAUAAUAUUUGAAGACGAUGUAGCAGCUCCAAAUUUAAUAAUCUCAGGCACUGUUAACGAAAUGGAUAUUGGUGAUUUAACGAAGAAUGUCCUACUUAAUAGAGAUCAACUGUUCGAGGACAUAAAAUAUUUCGGAAAUAUUUCUGUAUCAGAUGUCAAGGGCGAAUUCCUUCUCAAUGGUUUGAGCCUUGCCACUGAUAUCCUGAGAUUUGAUAAAGAGAACAAGAUAGUAGGCAUGAAACGUUUCAAAAAUCUCAAGAUAGAUAAUCUGCAUUCGGAGAGAAACGUUACUAUCCAGGGCGUGAAUUUAGAUCGAUUUUUAAAGAGAGUAUUGCCUAACGAGGGAAUUUCCAAGGUAUCUGGAUUCAAACACAUAGGAGAUGCUACUUUUUUGAAGGAACUGGGUGUUGCUGGAAAACUUAAUGGUGGUAAAUUCAACAAGGAAUCAAUCAUGACUAUUACCACAAACCAAAACAUAGUCGGUAAGAAGGUGUUCCAUCCACAAAAUCCUGAAGGAAUUAGAUUUAAACCUUUGAAAGUGAAAGGACUGAUUAACGAUACGGAUAUUAUGGACCUUGUGAAGAAUCAGGCAAUAAAAACCGGUGAUAACGUAUUUGAAUCAGAAGUAAACUUCACACACGUGAUCAGCACCAAGAAUGUAAACUUCGAUAAACUGUACAAAGGUGUGAAUAUCUCACAGCUGGUCCAAAAUAUCACAGAACUUGCUUCACUUAACUACAUAAAUGAUUACUACUGGAAUCUUUUGAACAGAUCUGAGAAAAUUGGAGAGUCUUUGAAAUCUCAAGCAAUUUACUUGGACUACUACAAGCUGAUCUUACAUCACUAUAAGCCCAUUAAGAUUCUUGCGUCAACGUUCAACGAAAGAGAAGCUGUAAUUUCAUAUCACUGUGAAGACUUCAAGAACAUUGGAACCUUCCUGGAGUGGGAUGACCAAACUGAGUCAUUCAUACAAAAAGAAGAUUUUACCUUGAACCUUGGGCCUCCACUAACAUAUGUCAGCUCGGUUCAGUAUUUUGGAAGUGAUUAUAUCUACAUGGAAAAUGAAGAUGCCGAUCGUCUACCGGAUGCAGAUUACACACACAACGGUCAGUUACUCCAUUUUGAAAACGCAACACAGUUUCACAGCACGCCAUUAUUUACUAGAGGAACCAGCUUCUUAAAUUCAUUUGUUUUGGAAGAAACACAAGAAAGCUGUCUGCUUUUCAUUGAUUAUAGUUAUGCAACCCAUAUACUAUGUUCGCAGAUUUAUGGACAAUUUUAUCCGCGGCAGAACAUAGAAGAUGAAAAGGUAUAUAUGGCAUCAUUUUUGAAUAUAGACCACUGCAGCUAUCUGAUAACUAUUGGAAGUCCAGAUAGAGAAGCUUCCAAUGAAUCACGUACAGUUGUUUGGAAAAUGAGCGAUCAACUUUUCAAUGUAUAUCAAUUAAUCUACAGAGGCGAUCCUAUAAGUGUGUCAUCUGUAUCUCACAACGGACAGCAUUUUCUAGCUGUGGCUUACAUACAUUUUGAACACACGAUGUAUUUUGGAAUGGUGGAGAUAUUUUCGUUUGAUGAAACCACACAAAAAUUCAUGACCUACCAGAUAAUCCAACUAGCAACGCCAAUUCAGGUUUCAUUCAGUGUCUUACCGUCUGAAGAGUUAGUUUUAUAUGUUGUAACAGAAAAUACUGGACCUGAAGCAUUCAACGUGUACAUUUACAGAGGACUAUUUGGUUUCCACAAAAAAGUCAAGCAGUCCGUAGUGUCUCCUAUAUUAGGAAUAGACCAAUUUUCUAUCAAGAAUAAGCAUUUUGUUGUAGCUAAAUAUAAGGAUAUGUUGGGGAUCCUUGAAGCCGUUUUCAAGGGGCAUAUAAGAAGAUAGAGGUGCAGUUGUUUUUUGUUACUUAGUUUAUUGUUUAUUAUUGUAUUUGUUGGAUAUUAAUAUAUUAUAUAUUUGUUUUCUA